GUUCACACCUCGAGCGUGGUUUAUCGGGGUCACAAGAGUUGAGGUUUCGGAAUCGUAAGAAGCGAGCGCAAGAAUAGCAGAAUGAGUGCCGGAAAAGUGAAAGGAUUGAGAGAACGUCUGAGGGAUGGGGAGAGCAUUAUCUGUGCGGAGGGAUACAUGUGGGAGCUAGAGAGGCGGGGUUUUGUGAAAUGUGGCUGCUUCACCCCAGAAGUCGUCUUGGACUACCCCGAGCGAGUGACGUCACUGCACGAGGAGUAUGUUCUCUCAGGAAGUGAUGUAGUGGAGGCAUAUACGUACUACGGUCAUCGUGAGAAGAUGAAGGUCAUUGGCCGCGAGGAUGAGCUGGAGAAACUGAAUCUUAACUCCCUCAGUAUGGCAAGAGAAGUUGCGGACAAAUAUGGUAAGCUCAUGGCCGGCAAUCUGUCCAACUCCACGACCUUUGUACCUAAUGACAAAGAGUCAGCGAGGAAAACAGCGGAAAUAUUUAAGGAACAAGUGGAAUGGGCGGUCAAAGGCAAUGCAGACUACAUGAUCGCCGAAACCUUCAGUGACUUCGCCGAGGCUCUCAUUGCUCUGGAGGUGAUAAAGAAAUACGGGAAUGGCAUUCCCGUGGUGGUGACCAUAGCUCUGUACAGCCCUGACCUCACCACUGACGACGUGCCGGCUGUGGAAGCUCUCCGGCGUCUGGAGGAGGCGGGGGCCGACGUGGUGGGCCUCAACUGUGCCCGGGGACCCGCCACCAUGCUGCCCGUGCUGCGCGAGGCCAGGAAAGUGUGCAAGGGCCCACUUGCAGCCCUACCCGUGCCUUUCAGGACAACUGAGAAAGAGAGGACGUUCCAAGCACUCACAGACCCUAAGACAGGGAAGAGCGUUUAUCCCUUAGACUUGGCAUGCCUGCAAUGCAACCGAUCGGACAUUCGCAACUUCGCCAAAGAAGCGAAGGAGAUCGGGAUCCAGUAUAUAGGACUCUGCUGUGGAAGCAGCUCCAACUUCUUGCGGGAACUGGCAGAGGUUUAUGGGCGCAAACCGGCGUCCUCCGUGUAUUCACCAGAUCUGAAAAAAAGUUAUGUUUUUGGAAGUGAUGUCACAGGCCACGCUAAGAAGGUUGCGGAGCAUAUGCGCGGUACUACCUUGAUGGAGUUCUCGUGAAUAGAAGUAGAAGAAAGAUGGAGUGGGUGGGUAAAUGGAAGAGAAAGAAAGUGUCAUUCCAGAGUUAUAAUUUCACUUGACUGCACACAAUAUAUUUUGAUAUAUCAUCAUAUCUUUCCUAUAUUUUGAGGUCUCCACAAUAUUAUGCUACUCUUCAAUGGUGGUGAUGUCGUUCCUAAUUAUAAUUACAGUCAUUGUUAUAAAUGGCACCACAAUAGUUUGAGGAAUGUACUACAACUACCCUAAAAUACUAAGUACAAAAUAAUAAUAUAUUUUCUGCACAACAAUAUUUACUCAGACUUUUGACAUACUGCUCACAGUUGAAUGUUCUAAUGUUGAGGCUAACCAUUCCCCUGUGUUCUUUCUUUUUAAUGAGACUAAGAAACAUCCCUAGCUGUCUCAAUCAUCGAUGUACCAUUUUUACAUUAUUUUUAUUUGACAAUCAGUCAACAUUGCUGUUGCUGUUACAGUUAAUGAAAUGGGAAGUCAUCAACAAAUUAGAAUAAAGCUGAGAGUAUUUCUUGUAAUCUGAACUGUUACUUAAAUGAAUAAAUCUCUUUAGUAAAAUCAGGAAAGCACACAAAAAACCUUGGUUUAAAUGAUUACAGAGCAGAUGGUGUGUCUUUCGAUAACGUGGCAAGCCUUCCACAAUGUCUUCGAUUUCAUGAAGUGAUGUCAUCAAUAGUACAAAUCAGUUUAAGUUUUAAGUACAGUGUUGUUAAUAGGAAUGAAAAAUAGAAGAUUCUGUUCAUAAUCAUAGUUGUAUAAGAAUAUUACAUUACAAGGUAGUACAUAAUUUGAUGCGUUGUUGUUCAUGUUUUGACAGUAUCUUUUUGGUAUGAGUAUAAGUAAAGUAUAGCCCCUCUCCUCCUAUUUCGAACCGUUUGAACUACGGAAAUGUUUUGUAUCCAGGGUCUACGUAGGGGUCACAGUAAGUUACAGAAAUACAUAGAAUCUAGUAAACAGCAGGGUGUGAUCACCGUGAUGUGCAAAUAUCUGGAGGGCUAUACUCUUCUUUUAUCAAAAUCUCUAUCUGCAUAAUUGUAAUAAUUCAAGAGUACAAGAAGUAUGUUAACUGUCAUGGUUUUGUGUAAAGAGAGCCUUGUUUGAAGACUUUUGUUGCACAUAGUCCAAAAUAAAAAGUGUGAUCUUACAGGGA